AUGGCUGAUGAUCAGCGCAAGGAGAAGGCUGGGAGCCCUCUCUUUGGCCAGCUCCACACCUGCAAGGGGGCCUUUGCUAGCCGGAAGGGUGGCCGACUGGUUGCUCAACCCCAUGCUGAUCUGCAGACACCUCGAUCACCGUGGCCGCAGGACACGGUGAUCGAUCCAAGACAUUGGGCCUACUGGCGGAUGGAUGGAAGGGCCUUCGUACAGACUGGAAAGGUCCGGACAUGUCACUCCAGAUCCAUCGGCGCUCUUUGGCACCAGAAAGACCUUAGGGCACACCUGCAGCUCUCCGCUGCCCCGAGAGGACCUCGAAAGGACCCGGCCCUAAAGCCUGCCGGGAAGGAGGAGUAUGAAAAGCGAAUGCGAUAUGUGACGGACGACGAUGCAGUACCAAACUGGCCGGAAGCGGGUUGGCUGCCUGAAGAUUGGCGGAUUGGCAUGCGCGCGCUACCAAGUGGUUUGAUGAUAAUCUUCGUUCCGCCUAAUCAAGAAGAGGGCUUCUUCUUCCACGGAUCCCAAGUGCUGGAGUACCUUUCCGGAGGAAAUCCCUUCUACCACCAGGGAAGAGCGCUGCAGUCAGCCGAGCAAGAGAAGGAAGUGCAAAGCCACCAAUGCAUCUUUGGCCGACUACUUGGAAGUGAAAGACUGUUCGAUUCUGAAGCUGCCAACCUCCGGGAAGGAGCUAAAGUUCGAGCAGGUUCUUUGUUGUGUGCAGAUGGUGCACUUGCAUGGUCGGCCGCUGCUGCCAAGUACCCUUCGAAGCGCUUGACUGUGAAACAUGUCAAGCAUGUGAAGAGUCAAUGGACUAAGAGAGCCAAGGUCAACUCGAAGCAGAUGAUCUUUGGCACCCAGAAAUUCAAACAUGUCGAGCUUCUAGUGGCUCUCAAGAAGAAGACCUUAGCCUCCAGCCCCGUGGAUAGUGUCCUGGGCAUCUUGUACCGGCGCCCCAAUGUGUUUUGUGGCAAACCGUUCUACGAUGGGCUCUCAAGGGCGCAGUUCGUACAGAGCUGUGACGCGCCCGCACCACAGGUCUUUUGGCAAGACGAGCUGAGAUCUGCAGAGUUGGCUGUGCCCAAGGAGAGCAGCGGAAGUCUCCUCAAAGAGGGCCCUUCCGCUGCAGAGCCAAAGGAAGCAGAGCCAGAGCCUCCUUGGCCUGAUGACAGCGGUAGCCCUUCCGCUGCAGAGCCAAAGGAAGCACAGCCAGAGCUUCCUUGGCCUGAUGACAGCGGUAGCCCUUCCGCUGCAGAGCCAAAGGAAGCACGGCCAGCGCUUCCUUGGCCUGAUGACAGCGGUAGCCCAUUGACUGCAGCGAGAGAACCACAGGAGCUUCAGCCAGAGGUUCCAUGGCCUGAUGACAGCCCUGGCGGGUUCAAACCACAACGUUUGGGACCCUCCAGUCCGGUGGAGGAGCCAUCUCCCUUGCGUUCCUUGCCCCGGGUCGGUGUGGCGUCCAGGCCGCAGGCGCCGCAGGAGGCCGCACCAAGCAUCGUGCUGGAGAGCGCCUUCCUCAAAGCUGAGGAGGAAGCGCCAGAGCCAGUUCCAAGCAAGACGGCCAUUCCAGAGGAGCUUCCACACGCGAAGUCUCGUGAGGGAGUCGAAGAGGCCGAGGCAGUCGAGUCACCGGAGCAUGUGAAGAUUGACGUGGAGGGCGAGGACCAUGUGCCGCCCUCAUCCGGGGGAGCUGGGCAGGUCUCAGUUGAUCGAUUGGGCCAGUCGGCGAUUCAUUUUUCGACGACAUCCUGGCAGGUGGCCCCUGAGGAGGAAGGCAGACGGCGAGAGGAGCAAAGGCGGAAAAAGGCCAUCCUGGGCAUCGAGGCGAAUGCCCAAGAAGCGGACAUUCGAAGCGCCUACAAGCGCUGUGCCCUGCAACUGCACCCUGACAAGGGCGGAGAUCCGGACAAGUUCAAAACGAUGAAGGAAGCCUACGAAGUGCUGAGCAAUCCUCAGAAGCGAGCCGUUUAUGAUCUUCAUGGAAUGGAAGGAAUCAGAUGUAUGGAGCAGGCAGCGCAGAUGGAAGCCAACAUGUCGGACCUGACGCCCAUGUUCGCGGCCAUGAUGCAGUUGGCACAGACUGGCUCGACCCGACGAGCGAUACUGAUCACUGUGAUUGUGCUUUUGGCGUGUGUUUUGAUGCUGCCCUUUCUGCUGGUGACCUUGAAAUUGGAUGGUGCGACCUCCUUUUCCUGGCCGGUCGCUGCCAUUCCUUCCUGGAUCCUUCAACUGGUGGCUUUAUGUGUAUUGCUCGCUGCGUCCAGAGUUCCCGUGGCCCGUGCCAUGGGAACCUUGAGCCUAGUCGUGCCCUCCUGCCUGAAGCCAUGCUUUGCUUUUCUGGAAGCUCCGCAGCCGGUGCAGGAGGAACCAGACGCCUCCCCGACGGCCUCUCUGGCGCCACCAACGCCGGUGAUGCCCAAAGUGCAGAGCUGCCAGGGCUGCGAGGCCAUGGUGGACGAGUUCGCGCAGAACGCGCAAGGACAAUUACUUUGUCGAACGUGCCUGCGGAGGGAAGAUGAGGAAUUGUUGGGCCCUUCAGUGGAGGAACAGAAAGGCUUAGAGGAGCUAGCCAAAGUGCUGGACAACGUUUCUUGGAAAUAUUGGAAGCCAGGGGAGCAACCUGCACAGAUCUUAGAUUGGAUGUACUUGGGCGAUCUGAAGGAGGCGACCGACUUUGAACUGCUGCAGCAACGGAACAUCACCGCCGUCUUGAAUCUCAUCAAUUGGUGGGAGCUGAGCUCUCGGCUGCCAGAGGUGGCGGACUUCUCGUUGCUGUAUAGCUCCCAUGAGGUAGACUUUCUCGAGGUAGACUCUGAGGACCGGCUUUUCUUCGACAUUGUGGAGAAGUGCUGGCCCCCUUGCGAGUCUUUCUUGAGGAAAUGCAAAGCUCAAGGGAAGCGAGUACUGGUGAAUUGCAAGGCGGGCCAUAAUCGAUCUGCCUGCAUGUGUGUUUCUUGGCUGGUGGCCUGCGAGGGCUAUGGCUUGUUGGAAGCUGUCGACAUGGUCCAGACCAAACGGGGCACCAUUUUGUCCAACCACGGCUUUCGGCUGCAGCUCUUGCGCUUGGCCUUACGUUUGGACCGCCUGGGCCAGCCAGUGGAGAAGAAGAGAGCAGGGAACUCUGUAGCCAUCGGCAGCGAAUCUCAGCUCAAGAGCAUCAUCAAUGAGAAGCGGAUGACGGUGCAGUACGACGCUCACAAAGAUCGCGGAUUCCGAAGGCAGACCUCGCCCUUCCAAGCAAUGCGCCCUCGGAAGUUGUCCUUGAUCUCAGAGGAAGUUCACAACAACGUGAACCAGAGAUCAUUGAAGGUGGAGCUUCUCGCAUGCUUGUACCAUCGUGGCAAGAAGUUCCUGGACGACUACGAGUAUACCUCGAAGCCUCCAACAAUAAUUGGCAGUGGCUUCAGUGGAGACGUGGUGCUUUGCAAGAGAAGGGAGAAGGCAGCCGUUGUGCAAAACCAGGAGACCUCCGUGCGCUGCGUAAAAAGCUUCAACUUGCAACUCAUGGGCCCAGACAAGCUGGAGAAGCUGAAGAACGAAGCGGUGAUUUACCUCUCGCUGGAGCAUCCGCACAUCGCUCGGCUGUUUGAUGUCUAUGAGGACAACGAACAGGUGAGCUUGGUGAUGCAAUAUUGCUCUGGCGGCACCUUGGAGAGUGCCAUCCGAUCACAGGGAGCCUUUGUGGAGUCGACGUUUCAGGAUUUGGCGGUGCCCAUGCUGUUGGCGGUGAACUACAUCCACUGCUGUGGCAUCGUUCAUCGCGACAUCAAGCCGCGGAACUGGGUCUACGAGGCAGAUGGGAAGACCAUCAAGCUCAUCGACUUCGGCUUCAGUGUGAAAGGCUACUUAAGCACCGAAGGGCUUCGUGGAUGCAUGGGUACCCUGGGCUACCUGGCGCCGGAAGUAGUGACCGCUGGUCUCAGCAACGAGAACGCCUACACCGACAAGUGUGACAUUUGGUCCUUAGGUGUGGUCUUCGUGGAGCUGCUCACGGGGGAACCGGCCUUCCACCGGGAUGCCGGGCAAUGCGACGGCUACACCGAGGAGGUGGUGCUACGGGAGAUCAAGGAGGUCACGGAGGAGAGUUUGCAGCGGAUCCUGGAGCAGGUGCCCAAGUCUUCGAAGAGCUUUCUGGAAGAGAUGCUGACCAAAAGCCCUUUGAAAAGACCAUCCUCCAAGGAGGUGUUGGAUCACGACUACCUGGGCCCAGCACGCGCCAAAUUGGCUCAUCCACCUCGAGCACUUCCCGUCAGCACCAUCCUGGACCGCUUCCGUGCGCAUGCACAUGCCUCCCAGCCGUCCAGAGCCUGGUUGCUCGCGGUGGCGCGGUCACCAACAUAUCUACCCUGGGAGGAUUUUUGCGCCCUGCGGGACACCUUCAAAAUGUUCGAUGCGGUGGGGCUGAACGGUACGGUGAACCUGGAGACCUUCUUAUUGGUCAUCGGGCAGACCGAGUCGAACUUGGACAUGGACGAGAGCCCCAGGAGAAGGAUCUCCAAGCUUUGGAAAGCUGUUUGUGGUGAGCAGGAAUCCUUGAGCUAUUGCGAGUUUCUUGCGGUCCUUCUUCCCCCCAUGGAGGAUGUCUUUGAAGACGCUUCCCAAGUGAGUGACGAGGUGAACAGCCCCUUGCAGCCGCGAGAGCAUUGGAAUCCUUCUCGCUCUGUCUCCAAUUACUUCUCGCAGAUGAAGAGGAGCCCGAGCUCCUUCUUCCCGCAGGCCCUUCUCUAUGAUGAAGAGAAGAAGGUCAGUGAAGUGGUCGGAGAGAUGGCUCGUUUCCAUCGCCGCUGGGCGCUGAUUCGAUUCAAGGAUGGCACCUUUGAGUUCUUCGACUACAUGGAUAUUAAUCACCGACUCUUGGAAGAUGCCGGCUCCAAUGGAUCAGCUGCCGAGGCGUUGAGCCGCAUUUGCGACGCUCCAGUAGGCAGCCUGGCCAACUGCUCCCGCUUCUGUGCCUUCAAAGCGCUGGAUGUGCAAACGCCACUCCGAGACGUGCUCCACUUGAUCGCCGGGAGAAAUCGAAAGAAGCGGCAGGGGCAGGUGCGACGGGUGCCCUUGAAGGAUGGCAGCGAGAUCGUGGGCGUUUUCAGUUGUCUGGACUUCUUGAACCUGGCACUGAAGUCCACUGCCCCGACUGCGGUGCUGAAGUCCUUGUCGGCCAAGGUCUUUGACCGUAGAAGUACCAUUUUACAGGUCUCCGUGAACCAAGAUGAGCCGCUCCUCCACGCUUUGAGCAUCAUGAAAGCGGAAGGCCUCACCAUUUGUCCGGUGACCUCACGGGAGCUUUCGGGCAGCUUGGGCGGUGUGGUGGCGAGCAAUGUGGUCUCAGCUGCCGACUUGAAGUGGGUCAUUCGGUCCAAGAACUUUGCGGCUUUGAACCUCUCGGUCCACGACUUUGUCGCCUGGCGUGGCAGUGCGGAGAAUGCAGACUUGGACCACGUCUUGCGUCAGCAACGCUUAAAGCGCUUCAAUGUGGUGAGCGCCUCAGAGGACGCUUCCUUGCACAAGUUAGCCCGUCGCUUGGUGGAUUCCAAGUUGCAGCGGAUUUUUUUGUCCUCAGACGAUCUGGCACGGAUCGUGGGGAUCGUCUCUUCUCGGGACAUCAUGCUGCAGGAUUGGAGCACAGAGGUGGCUGCAGCGUACGAGAAGUGCCUCAAGGACGCCGCUUGCUUUCGGCUGCGCACCUGCGUCACGAACGUCUUCCUGUUCGCCUUUGAGCUCCUGCUGGUGCUGCAAUUGGAGGGCACACUCAAUGACUCCUGGUUCAUGGUGAUGUGUCCCUGGAUUGCAUUGGAGAUUUGGUGGCUCCUUCACCGCCUCUACUACUCCCGCGUGGCCUGGACCCUGGCUGAUCCAGAAGCAGCCGUGGCCACAGAGAACGAGGCUUGGAAGCUGUUGACAUCUUCCAGCUUUUGGUGCUUCUUUGUCAGUUUCCUGCAGAGGGGCGCCUUGCGCUUGCUGACCUGUAUCUUGAUCGCUGUGCGGGCUGAUUCAACUGGUGGUUCCUGGUUUGCAGUGUUCGUGCCCCUUUACAUUUCCUCGGUUCUGGCGGUUGUUUUUGCGUGCAUUGUGAAAAAGAAGCAACCGUUCCUCCAUGCAGAUGAUGAGGAGGAGCAAGGCACCGCAGCACCCACAUGCUGCCUCUCCUGCAUUUGGUUGGCCAUGCUUUUCUUGGCGGCGGGGAAGUUGGAUGGCGGCACCUACUCUGCAGCAUGGAUCUUCUCGCCCAUCUUCUUCUUCAUGUCUUUGGCAGUUUGUUUGCUGAGCGUGGGGAUUUCGGUUGCCCAACCGCAGCACUUUGCGCACGCGGCGGACAUCAUGGGUGAACCCAUCGGCAAACCAACCGAAUGA